AUGACCCGUGGAGUCUUUGUCGCUCAUUCGAUUUUAGUGUUGUCAUUUGUCAAUUGCUCAUGUAGCUGUCAAACUGUUGCAAUUCGAGGACAGGGUGCCGACGUUGGUCUUGCUAUGGGUGAACAAGCGACUGAAGUUGUUAAAGAGAGUUCAGAUAUCAUAAUCUUGGAUGGCAAUUUCGCUACUGUAGCCAAGGGUUUCAGAUGGGGACGAUCUAUGCAUGAAAAGGUUCUGAGAGUUAUGCAGCAGCAACUUACAGCCAAUAUUGUAGCAGUAACUAUAAACUGCUUGGCGGCAGUUUACUAUCGUCACAUUCCGCUCAAUGCUGUGCAGUUUGUGUGGGUGAAUGUUAUCAUAUUUGCUCUUGGACCACUAGUAUUGGCUACUGAAUAUCCGGCUGAGCGCCUGAUGGACGAACCCCCUAUUGACCGAGGACAACCUCUUAUAAAAUAUAUUCGGUGGAAGACACUGUUGAUACAGGUUCUGUACCAAAUUAUUGCCCUGCUUGUCAUCAAUUUUCAAGGAGGGAGUUUACUAAAAAAUUAUACCAGAGACCAUGCCACCAAAGUGAAAAAUACAAUGAUAUUCAACACAUUUGUUAUAUGUCAGAUUUCCAUUGAAUUCGGAGUUCGAAAGACUGGUAUACUGGAGGACCAUCCUUUGAAAUGGAUUACUGCUAACUCCGUGUUUCUGGGAAUAGUGGGAAUAAUUCUUGUGAUUCAGUUUAUCAUCAUUGAGUUUCUUGGGAAGGCGUUUUUCUUAGUCAGGCUUAACUGGAACGAGUGGCAGUUUUCCCUCACUCUUGGUAUUGUCGAUGGAGUUGCUGAAAGUGAUCUUGAAAGUUGUGUCAUAUGGUGUAUAUAA